AUGUUUAUUUUAUUGCAUCUUUUUCUUGAAUGUUUAGGAUAAACCUAAACCUUUUGGAAUUUAGAUAUUGGGAUUCAUAUAUUAUAAACAUUUCAGACAAGCCCAAAACCAAACUAUAAAAUAGUAGUAAAAUUAGAAUAAGAAAUCUUCGAUUCAACAUAACUAUUGAUAUGUGAUUCAGAAAUUACUCUUUUAAAAGAAAACUGUAUUUAUGAUGUAAAUUCUUUUGAUCUGAAAAGAAAUACAUAAAUCAUAUAGCUAAUACAUGGUUUCAAAUUAGAAAAGUAUUAAAUGCAGUUAUUAUCUAUGAAAUAAUUUAAUGAGUUCUCAUAAGUAUUAGGAACCGAUUCAAAAACAAUUUCAAAUUUUUCCAUUACAAUAAGCACAAUGGAUAUUUCCGAAUGUGCAUCGUAUUUAAAACAUAUAAAAUUUUAGAUUAUGCCAAAAUGAAGGUAUCUGUAAAGAUGGUAUGUGUGAGUGUAUAGAAGGAUAUUUUGGAGCUGAUUGUAGUAUUGAAGCUUUUGAUAUAACUAAAGAAUCUCUAUAUCAUAAGAAUGGAUUUUACUAUUUUAAUAUUAAAGGAUGUGACUAAAAUACUUGUUCUCUCAAUAUAAAAUUUACUUAAGUGGGAAAAUAUAAACAAACUUGUUAUGCUGAAGAUUGGUAUUUAUUAUAGUAAAAUAUGAUUGAAAAAAGAGAGAUAAAAAUUACAGAUGUCCAGUCAUGUUUAUCAAAAAUCAAUAAUUAAAAAUUGAGUCCUUAACAAUUUUCUUAUUAUAUUUUUUAUUUUGAAACAGAAUGUGAAAAUUCAUAAGAACCAAACAAUUAGAAUACUAAAAUUAUAUUAAUAAUUGUUAUAACAACAGUUGCAGGAUCUAUAAGUUUAUGUUGUUGUAUAGUUUGCUAUUACUACUUUUGUAGAAAACAGAAGGAAGAACACCAGAUACUUCCGACUAUGUCAUUGUAUCCAAAAACUGACAUACAAAGAUACCUACCUAAACAAUUAUAUAAGACAUUGAUAAGUUAAUAUCCAGGUUUGGCAUCUACAGAUGAAUGUUUGAUUUGUCUUGAUAAAAUUAAGGAAUCAGAUUAAGUAAGAUUGACUUAUUGUACUCAUAUCUUUCAUAUAUAAUGUAUUGAUAAUUGGUUGGAGAAAAAUAGAAUUUGUCCAGCAUGUAGAUCUGAAUUAGAUGAGGUGACUUUGAUAAAAAUAGCAAAAUAAAAGAAAAAUGAUUCCUUAAUGUUUGAAAACAAAGCCAGUCGAUUGUAUGGUGAUAUGGGUACACCAAAUUUAACUAUGACUCCUCAACUUCGAUCAGUCGAAAUCACUCAUAGACACUGA